AGUGCUGUAUUCACAGCAGACUGUCAAAAUCAGCCCUCUCACAAAAUGAUGAGCUUUGGCCUCAUGUCUAGGCCACUACACAGUCGGUGCACUGGUUCAGCACAGAUUAUUCAGCCUUGAUGGAUAAAACCCUGGAAAUGAUUAUUCCACGGAUUGGGUGUGUGUCCAGAUGUGGCACUGCAUUUACGAAGCAUCACUACCUUUUGGAUUACCACGUGUGGAAUAUUUGGGGUCCUGGGAGUUUUUUUUCCAUCACCAUGACCAGAUUCUUCAAAAGACUGUAGCACUGCAGAACCCCUCCAAGGAGGGCUGAGGCUGGGGACGGAGCCCAUUUAUAUACUGUAUUCAAAGUUGGACACAGUGAAAGAACCAUGUAGUGUACCUUUUACCACCACAGGGGGGCGGGUUAACUUGUGGUUCUUUUUUGUAUGUUUUUUUUUUUUAAAGGGGAGUUAGUCUAAAAGGUGAGCCAGAAAUGGUCUUGCACACCUCUCCCUACCCCAGUGCCUUCCUCAGCUUCCUGAGCAGUCUGUCUUGGGCCUUUGUUUUCCCUUGCUACUGGCUGUUGGACCGGUUGUUGGCCUCCUGUGUAGCAACAUCACUGGAGAAACGUCAACGCUCCCAGGAUCCCUGUUCAUUUCUGGCUCUAGGGGUCCUGAUCUCAACACCACUCUACCUGGUUCUGCUACUGGCAUCCCUCCCAUUCGCCUUCCUUGGCUUCCUUUUGUGGGCCCCACUGCAGAGCAUCAGGAACCCGUACAUCUACUCCCACCAGAAACCAGACAAGCAUGCUGCUGAGCAGGGAGGAGUUGCUGGAACUGAGGUGGCACUUGCUGAGUGGCGCCCACAGGGUCGCAGCUUUUGCUUUGGGAGUGCCAAUGUUUGCCUGUUGCCGGACUCAAUAGCUCGCUUCAAUAACCUGGCAGACACUCAACGGCGGGCACGGGAAGUGGGAAAACGGGUCCGAAAUGGUGCCAGUAGACCACAGAUCAAGAUAUAUAUCGACUCACCCACUAAUACUUCGAUUAGUGCCGCAUCCUUCUGCAGCGUGGCCACACAAGGCUUCCGCCGCACCUCUUCUCUGGACCAUCGGCCCGAACCAACAGUUACCACUGAAACUGAGACUGAGCCAUUAACAGAGUGUCCCGUCCACCCCUCAGGAGGUACCAGUUCGGAUUUCCCCAUCCGCAACACUGGAGCCCAGAAUUCCUCGGAGUGUCCCCUUCACCCCAGUGUAGAAGACCAUUCUCCAGACUGUCCAGUCCACCAGUUUGCAGACCCGCAUGCCUCCAGCGAGUGUCCAAUGCAUAGCAACACCACCCAAAACUCUGAGGAUUGUCCUGUCCAUCCGGCUGGAGUACAGAUCAGCAUUACCUCUCCUGAUCCAGAGCCAACUGAGGCUGAAAAAGGAAACCAUCAGACCGGGGAUGGGGACAUGGGUAGCCUAGAAAGCCGCACUGCCUCCAGGGAAUCCCUGGUUCGAUUCCAUGCAGCUGAUGGAGGCAUCUUGCCCAAUAAUACCCUUUCACAACAUCGCACCUCAGUCUUUAAAAGACCCAAUGGGCGCAAGCGUCGUCAUGGCGAUGACGGCUUUGACCACGAGAUCUCUGCCUUCUUCCCAGCCAACCUGGACUUCCUGUGUCUGCAGGAAGUCUUCGACAGGCGGGCUGCAUACAGGCUCAGGAGGCAGCUGCACCGCUAUUUCCCCUUUGUGCUAAGCGAUGUGGGACGCUAUGGCUGGAAAGGCUGUUGCUCCCGGUUCAAGUUCUUGAACAGCGGAUUGCUGUUGGCCAGUCGCUACCCCAUUUUGGACGCCCAUUAUAAGUGCUUUCCCAAUGGGCGCAGCGAGGACGCUCUGGCUGCUAAGGGAGUUCUUUUUGUUAAGGUGCAGGUGGGAUGCUCUGCUCAGGAACAACGGGUUGUUGGAUAUAUCACUUGUACUCAUUUGCAUGCUAUUGAAGGUGAUUCGACAGUGCGCUGUGAGCAGUUGGAUAUGUUGCUGGAGUGGGGUGCUGAGUUUAGGAGGGCCACCUCGAGUCAAACGAAUGAGGAGAAAGUUCUGGAAGAUCAGGUAGCCUUCGACGUUAUCCUUGGAGACCUCAACUUUGACAACUGCUCGUCAGAGGAUAAGCUUGAACAGCAGCACUCUCUUUUCACUCAUUAUAAAGACCCUUGUCGUCUUGGUCCUGGAGAGGACAGACCAUGGGCUUUGGGUACACUGAUGGACACAAGCAGGCUAUAUGACGAGGAAGUCAGCUCGCCUGAGAGCUUACAAAAAGUGAUGGAGAAUGAGGAGGGGCGGAAAGAGUACUUGGUUUUCCCCGCCAGCAAGAACCACUGUCCCAGCCAGAAGGGGCGCAAAAUCCCACUGAAGGGCAAUGGCAGGAGGAUCGAUUACAUCUUGUAUAAAGAAGAAGGCCUGCAACAGGACUGGAAAGUGGAUAUAGACGAGUUUAGCUUCAUCACUCAACUGGCUGGAUUGACUGACCACCUUUCAGUGGCUGCAAGACUGCUAGUGUCAACCGGUGAAGAGGAGACUUAGGACCCAGCAGAAAUUCAAAAAAAUCAAUGCCACGGAGAGACCGAGAGAGAGAGGGAGAGUUGAGUGAAAGGAAAAACAGCAGGAGGAAGCAUUAGUCAAGCUUCCCAUCAGAUGAGGGCAGAGUGAUUGAGAGGGUUGAAGAAUCGUAAAGAAAAUGAUGGAUGACUUGAGAUGGAGAGCAGACAGAAAGAGAAGGGGAGAAGUCAACCAAUCAGCUGAAAGCAGAAUGCAAGUGUGUGACAUUCCAGAUGAUGAUACUUAAAAGACUCGGACACACACAUUUUGUUGAUGCCAUGGACACAACAACAGUCUCACACUCCAUCUUUUCCUGGACUCUCCAUGUUUACAUCUGAACUGAAGAACAAAAUGAAAGAUUUAACUCACCUUUGCACUUCUAAUUCUUUUUCUCUGGGGCGCAUAAAGGGGCAAAGUCAAUUUUCUGGUGCCAUGACCCGGAGAAUCUUCGAAGGAAAAGUAUUGCAUGGGAAAUGUUCACGUUGACUGUACUGGUCAUCAGUACAGACCUGAACAUCUGUUUAUUUAAAGUUAGUCUGCAACAAGAAGACAAGACUCCUCCCUUGUCAAUCCCUCAGCCCCUCAAAAGUGUCUUUCUUUUCUAACGUCUUUCUAAGGUUUCAAUGGCCUUGCGCCAUCUUUUUAGGCAGUUUAUAUACUGAUAUACAGUUCUGAUUAAGACUUUAGGUGUAUUGUAUUUCCUCAUACAACACUAAGUUGAUCUCAAACAAUUAAGGGCAGUCAGAACAUUUAAUUCAUGUUGUAUUGACUGCUGGGACACAGUGACCAAACCCUGAAAUAUGCGCACCAUGGAAAUACUUAGCAAUUGGUGGGAAUUUUAAACUUUCGAAUGUUUGAACUGUUGGUGGACGCAUGUUUUCUAAGUGCACUGCCAUUUUAUGGCCUGCAUGUUUGAAGUUAACUCCUUCAAAAAGCUUUCACAAAAACACACACAAGCACCCCCCACAAACAACACUUUUUUCCCUAAUUCAGUAUUGUUGUGGCUUCAUCAAAGGGACGUAUGAUGCCCUGAAAGCCUCCUACUUCAGUGUUACUGUUUACAUAUUUGAGCCAAGAUGGUGGUCCCCUGCAAAUGUUUACAUGUGUACCGAGUUCAGGCAACAGAACCAAAAAUGGCUGAUCUGAAUCCCCAGUAAAUCCCAUGAAGCUCUUUUUUCAUCUGUUAACACAAUGCUUUUAUACUCUUUACAAUUCUCUUGUUAUAAGUUGUUAUUAUUAUUAUUGCUAUUAUUGUUAAAAUUAUUCUUACUAUUGUUCAUGGAUUUGACAUUAUGUGCUUUUUACAAAUAACUACAUUCCCCAUGGUGCAUUUAUCUGCUUUUUGCUGUGUUAGAGGUUUGCAGCAACCUUAGAGUACAGCUCAGCCCUGUUUUGACUGACAGACUGAUUGACCAGUCAGCAAGCUAAUAAACAUCUUUAGCAAAGCUGAUCGCAAUGUAGUGCUGCGUUUCAAUUCAGAAAGUCUUGCUACUUAGAAAAGUGCAAUGGAAUUCAUGAUAAUGGUGGCACACAGGGCAAUGUACACUGUUAAUAAGCAAGCACUUGCAUCGAUAAUGCAUCAAUGAGUGUGUUUACAUGCACACCAAAGACAUCAACUUGUCCCUAUAUGUUGUCGGCUUAUUAAGCAUAAAUGAUGUAAGAUUGUGCAUGUAAACUUGGACAAUGAGUCAAAUUUCCAACAUGUAAAGCUGGUUUUGACUCAGACACCUAGUGUCUGCAUACCACCGAACACUCAGCCUUUCAAAGUAUACUUAAUCUGACUGUGUACACGCAUGUACGCUACACCAGCUGUGAGAUACUGGACUAUUUCUCUUCAGGAAUUUAGAACCCUUAAAGAUGUCUUUAUAUACCUUCAGACUCCAGUUACACAAAUGCAAGUAUGUCCUGACCUCCUCACAUACGCAUUCUUGAUGUGCACAUCCACUGUUGUUACUUCCACUUUUGUCUCCUUUUGUUGAGCAGCGAUUACAUUUUCUUCUAGUGCUUCUUUGGGAAAGCAACAGCUCAACUGUGAGUGUUGCCACCUUGUGGACCCACUUAUUAGUGCAAACAAAUCCAGGCGCAUACACAUAAUGCAAGUUUACAGUACGCACGGUUAGAAAAAUCGGGCCGCAUGCGUUCAGUGCUUGAGCACUCUGCUGAUAAUUACAUUUGUGUCAUGCAUCCUGUACGCAGAUGCCUAGCGUUCACAUCCAACCGAAGUAUACUUUGAGCUUAAUAAACAUCUUUAGCAUUAGCAGAGCUAAUUGUAUUAUAAUGCUGCUGUCCAAUUUGGAAAGUCUUCCUACUUCCACUAAAGUGCAAUGGAAUUCUGUGAACAUGGUAGCACACACGGCAAUGUAUGCUGUUAAUAAGUUAUCACUUGCAUUGAUAAUGCAUCAAUGAAUGCUGUUACAUGCACCAAUAUGCUGAUAACUACCAAAAAUCAGCUUAUUCCAAAAAUAUUAUCAAAACCUAAACAGGCAUGCACACACUGGAUGAGCCGGUAAGAAGACCGGUAAAGGUGUUUCAUGCAAUGUGAAAUCAGGGUAAUUAACCAAUCAGAAUCAAGUAUUCCAGAGAGCCAUAAUAAUACAUAGUAAUAAUACCUGAUUAGCAAACGUUUACAGAGACGUGUGUGUCUCGCAUGGUACAUUAACUUCUCUGGUGAUAACUGUACACUUGUAAAACAAAUGCCAAGAUUACCAUUUUAUUUCUUUAUACGUCAUCUUAUGAGAAUUGGACAACAGGUCACAUUUAUGGUUGGAAGUCAGAGAAAUUGAGUGGGAAUAUCCCACGACUGACUUUGGAUGGAACGCAGCAUUAAUCCAGAUCCAGACAGCAAGCACCCACCUGGUACUAAUUUAUAAUCUCACGUAUUGUUCUUUGAUCAGGUCAGUGUGCCAUAAUGACCAGUAACCGUAUUCAGAUCCUCCAGUACACAAGCUAAUAAGGUAUUGUGGCGUGGACAGAUUUAUCUCUGGAUAGUGGCAGCCCUAUUUAUAAACUGCCAUCCUCUUCAAAGAUAAUGAAGGUCAACCCUAGACAGAUCAGGGGUCAAGGGUCAAACAGGGAGAGCUGUUGUAGCUAUGCAUGCAGUAAAAUAAUGAAGCUUCACAAAGAUCUUACUGUUGUCUAUAUAUUGUUUUCAAGGAUAUAUACUUUUUUGUUGUUUUCAUUUUUUAUUUUCUUUGUUAAUCUUGUGGAAUGUUGCUUGCUACAAGCUUUUGGCUGGUCAGGCACUCAAGGGGAAAAUGGUAAGGGAAAAGCUUUCUCAAUGUCAGUUCUUUAUAACUGCGUUUUGGUUCUGCUUUUUAUUUAAAAAAAAAAAAAAAAAUCCCUAUUUGAUUCAAAGUGUGUUUGAUUAUUCAUAAGGGCCAUGCACCGAAACUUGCUAUGUAUCAUGAUACCCUAAACUUUUAUGGCCAGUUUUGUGACUGUGCCACAUUGUGGACAAAGUGGAUUAACAUGGCCAAUAAUAGAAACCACUUUGAAAAACUUGACCUUAUUCUUUGCUGUUGUGUUUCUGGGGACCUGCAGAAUGCUAUGAAUAAAGUUUUUUUAACAGCUUUUCGCCAUUUUGAUCCGAUUCACAUUUAGCUUUUUUUUUCUUACAAUGUUUGUGGAAUCUUCCCCAGAAUUACUUCAGAUCACAUUUAGAAACCUCAUAAAUGUAACAUUGAAAUUUUGGGCUUUAACACUGUUAUGCUGAGUCAUAGCUGGGUUUCCAUCUAAAUGUUUCGCAUUUUUAAGCGCAUUUCUAAAAAUUCUACUUAAAUAAGAAUUGUUGCGCGUAUGCAUUACGAGCUGCCUCCUCACAGCCUCGUUGUCCUUCUUGUCAAAAAUCAAAGAUGGAGCUGCUGUGAAUAAGGUCUAUUGACUUCAUUAUCAUAUAUCUAUGGUAAGUUCUAUACAGAAUUUACCACUGAUAGAUGUUGCUUUGCACUAUAUAAAAGCUAAAAUUUUAGAACAAGACUGUAUGAGAAUAACCCAAUCUAAAGUGACAUAUUCCUCUGAGAAAGCCCCAAAUUAUUAUAAUGAAUUUUAAGGCACAAACAUUUACAA